CCCAGACAGAGCCAUGUCUGACAUCCUCGCUCACUGAAAGAAGGAAGGACUGAUACAAAGCCUAGUGCGACCGAGCAGAAGGGAAAGAGGGGAAGGAGGGAGGGAGGGCAGAGGGAAUAAAUGCAAAAAGACCGGCGGAGAAAAAAGGGUGAAAAAGAUGCACAAGAGCUGCAUCAGUUCUUGUCCGCAAGGAACAAAAAACAUUGUGUUCGUGAAUGGGAGCUGGUGAGCUCAGGCACAAGGCGAGUGCAAUGAGAAACCAGGCAGACUUCAGUCGCUGGUGUUGCUGAGCACCAAUCCUCCCUCCCUCUGUCUCUCUCUGUCUGUCUCUGCCAGCUAGGACUGAGCCUUGGUAUGAUUUAGGGGAAGUGUUGAGGGCUUUUGAUUAGGAUUUUGGAGCUUCAUAUGCUGCCGGAGAGGAUUUGAACGUGCUGUUAUUUCUGAUUGAACACAGUGUGCGACGUGGAGACUCCUCUGGUAGCUGCUUUCAGGGCUGUUCCCCUCCCUGCUGCCUCUGGCUGUGUUUGGGCUAUGGUCCUGACUGAGAAGCAGAGCAUCACCCAGAUGCGUGGCUCCGACUGUAUGGGAGGUUAAGUCUGUGAACACCAGCAUGGGAGCCAAACAGAUGAAAUGUCUCAGCUCAGCCAGCCCUGCUCACUCCCCCAAAGAGGAGUAUGUUAUCACCCAGUCCGCUGACACCCCUAAAGAGGAAACAGUCCAUGAUCAGUCUGAAGACCAGGGGGAACCUCGGGAUGACAAAUCUGAGCUGACAGAGAAGAAAUCUGUCACAGAGGAGGUGUCUCUGUGUGGAUUGUGUCCCUCCCUCGGGCAUGAUGAGCAGGAGGAAGAGAAGUCCUGGGAGGAGCAGCUGGACGCCCACCAGGAGCAGCUGGAGAAGGAGAUGCAGGAGGCCAGGAGGAUGGUGUUCCGCCUCCAGGCUUUGCUGCUCCAUGGCUCCCUCCCUGAGGAGGACCAGGAUGGAUCUGUGAGCUUCGGAGAUAACCGGGCUAACACUGAACAGCAGCUGGUACUAAUCCGCAGUCGUCUGGACCAAAGCACGGAGGAAGCCCUUGAUCUCAAGAGGGAACUCCUGAGACACAAACAGGAGGCACGCCACCUUCAGGCCAUCAAGGAUGCUCUACAGCAGCGCCUGGCAGUGCAGGAGGAUGCUGUGCUGCAGCUAAAGCAAGAACUGCUGAGGUGCAACAUGGCCAAAGAUCAGCUGGAAGGGGAAAAUGCAGAGCUCAAACACAAGUUGAGUGAACGGAACAAAUUACUCACUGAAUACGAGCAGCUCGGGAGGAAGGAGAGAAUACUGCAGCAACAGCAACAGAAGUUCGACGAAGCUCAUAAAGCACAUGAAGUCACCCGUGGACGGUCAUUCAGGAGUGAAAGCGGUGGUUACAGUAACUCAGUGGCUUCAACAUCUCCUGCAGCCUUCCAACACAGGGCACCAGGGGAAGAGCUGCAGCUGGUCAGGGAGGCACUGCGUAGUUUGAGGGACAGCUUUUCCGGUCAUGACCCCCAACAUCACACCCUGGACACCCUGGAGCAGGGUGUGUCCAGCCUCAUGGACCGAUUACACUCUUUGGACACCCAACGCAGACAGGACAGAGGGGAGGAAUUCAAAUCGCCAGGACGCAGAGCCAACUCCACAGACCGUGACUCCUGGCCGCAAAGCUCCAAAAUGGCCCACUCACACAGCAGCCCGGGAUUGGACACCGCCGUCUCCACUAAAGUGCUCUACUUCACUGAUCGCUCGCUCACUCCGUUUCUGAUUAACAUCCCAAAAAGGCUGGGUGAGGUGACUCUGCGAGACUUUAAGGCCGCUGUGGACCGACAAGGCAGUUUCAGAUACCACUUCAAGGCCCUCGACCCGGAGUUUGGCACAGUGAAAGAGGAGGUAUUCCAGGACGGAGCAGUCGUGCCUGGCUGGGAAGGGAAGAUUGUAGCGUGGGUGGAGGAGGACCACGGAGAGAGGAGGUAGAGCCCAAAAACCAGAGAUCACCACUGCAAACCUCAGUUGUUCCCACUGGACCAGGAUUCCACUGAAAAUACGUGUGAUGCCAUAAUAGAGAAAAAGUUAUAACGCAAUUAACUGGGACCAAUGGAUCGAGCAUCAUUUCGAUACAAAACCAUGUUUUAAAAGUGAAUGUUUCAUAUGAAGAAUUUGACUUACUUUGACAUUUUGCAGCUCAUUAAUUGUCAGUAAUGUGAUACUUGAAACUGGAAUUAUAAAAGAAAGUUAAUGAGAUUUACAAUAAAUAACACAUUAUAAGCUGUGCUCUAAAAAGUUGUAAUCAGUGCAUAGUAUGCCAACCUUAAAACAAAAGUGUUUACUGACAAUUUUCACACGUUCCAGAUUGCCAAAUAGUGAUGUUGUUGUUCUGCAUCAAUUUUGAUGUUUUAAUAAACAUGAAUUAUUGCAUGGA